GGCUAGAAACGACGGCGGCCUUGCCUGGUGCGGCUUCGCUCGGCUUCCCCUCCCCCACCAUCAGUCUGGGCCGGUGCCUCCCUUUCGCCCUCCCGGUCAUGCUACACCGUCAGGGCCGACCUCCUCAGGCCAUGUGAGGGGCCGGCUGACACCUCUCAGAAAUGGAGGCAAACAACCAUUUUAACUUCACUGGCCAUCCUUCUUCACCUGCUGCCUCAGGACUGAAACCGGCACCUUCCUCAGGGGACAACAUAUACACAAAUGGAUCUCCCAUGAACUUCCCUCAGCAAGGGAAAAGUUUGAAUGGGGACAUGAAUGUCAAUGGCUUAUCUACUGUAGCUAACACUAGUACUUCAGGGACCCGCUCCUCAACCACCUCCCACCUCCACCACUCUUACGACUAUCUCUGGAACUAUUCUCAGUACCCCUCUGGCAAUGGCAACAACCUCAAGGACAGCCCACUGUUCUCCCAGUAUCCACUGAAUGGUGUUGUUGGAGGCAAUCGACAAGGCUCACCAGGACACAACACCAAUCUGAGGGGGGGAGGUGGGCAGGAAUUCUGGGCCAAUGGCACUCCAGGGGCCAUGGGUCUGAACUUUGAUUCGACAGAGCUCUAUGACUCUUUCCCUGAUGAUCAGAAUUUUGAACUCCUGCAAAAUGGCCCAUCCAGCUUCUACACAUCAUCUCAACCUUCCCCCAUGCUUAGUUCGGGCAGCCAGGGCUUCUCUCCACAGCAAGAUGAACCAGGAAAUGAGGAGCCUGUGAAAGAAACUGCAUCUACUGUCUCAGAAAAUGGCACCAGCCUGCUGGGCAGCAUGGAGCUGGAGAGCACACAGCCAGACUUGAAAAUAUGUGGCUACAAUGGAUCUUCUCCAGUUGUUGAGCCACUCAGCCAAGAAGCCUCUGUCUUGGUACCUGAUGCUGGAGGUGGCUGUCUGGAAGAUGCUUCACGGAUACCCCCUCCCUUGGAAGACCCUUUGGAACCCUUUGAGUCACUGGACAGAGACCCUGGAACAGGAGACCUCUACGAGAUGGAUACAUCUGAGCUGGUGAGCGACAAGUCCCCUCUGGAGGACCCAACUGACAUCUCUGCCUUGGAUUGUCCUGGCAGCCCCUCUCUGAACCAUUCUGACUCCUUCAGCCUAUUGGCAGAUGAUAGUCAGCCUGACACCUCACUUUUUGGAAGUGCCAAUUUACCACCUGUUCUUGAGGAGUCUGUUUUGCAAGACAACAGCUUGGAGUUGACAGGUGUGAGUGAAGUGGAACAAGAAGACACAGAGUUUCUGGAUUCACAAGCAUCACUGGAACCAGAGAGUCUAGAUGCCACCUUGGAAGAGGUAGUCAAAAACAGCUGCCUAGAGGCCUCUGCAUCUCUGAUAGGUGCGGGCACCAAAGAGUCUUCAGCAUGCAACGUGUCAGCAAAAAGUGACCUUCCAAGAAGACGGAUAGCCACAGCAGAUGAGGUGCGCUACCCUUUAAAGCAUGGGUGGCGAAGGGAAGUGCGCAUUAAGAAGGGCAGCAGCCGCUGGCAGGGAGAGACCUGGUAUUAUGGGCCUUGUGGCAAGCGGAUGAAGCAAUUUCCAGAGGUGAUAAAGUACCUGAGCAGAAACACUGUACAGAAUGUCCGCCGUGAGCAUUUCAGCUUCAGCCCUCGGAUGCCAGUAGGAGACUUCUUUGAAGAGCGGGAUACACCUGAGGGCUUGCAGUGGGUAAAGUUGACAUCGGAGGAAAUCCCCUCACGUAUCCAGGCCAUCACAGGCAAGCGUGGCCGGCCCCGCAAUACUGAGAAAGCCAAGGCUAAGGAAAUACCCAAGGUGAAACGUGGACGAGGCCGUCCUCCCAAAGUGAAAGUGCCUGACCUGAGCAAGACAGAUGCCCGGGUUCUGAAAAAACUGGAAGCGCAAGAGGUACUCAGUGAUGAAGAUAAGCUAAAGAUGAGCAAGAUAAAGAAGAAAGUGAGGCAAAAGGUGCAGAAUAAGCAGAAGCAGGAAGUCAAGGUACCUACUAAGGCAAAGGAAACCAAGGCUAAGGAAGUCAAAAGAAAGCCCAAGUUAAAGAAGGAGAAGAACAACAAGCCAGAGAAAAACAGCAAGCCAGAGAAGUCUAAGCCCGAAAAGCCAAAAGAGAAGGUGAAGCUGAAAGAAAAGAUAAAGCCCAAGGAAAAAAAGGUUGCAGCACCAGUCAGGGUUCCUCGAAAAGUGGACAAGAAUCUUCUAGCUCAGCGGCGUCAAGAAGAACGGCAGCGGCAGCAAAUGAUUCUGGAAGAGAUGAAGAAGCCCGCUGAGGACAUGUGUUUGGGGGAUCAUCAGCCUCUGCCAGAAUUUUCACGCAUCCCUGGGCUGAUCUUGCCUAGCCAUGCCUUCUCAGACUGCUUAGCCAUUGUGGAGUUCCUACACAGUUAUGGCAAGGUUCUUGGCUUUGAUGUCUCCAAGGAAGUUCCCAGUCUGAGCACCUUGCAAGAGGGGCUCUUCAAUGUAGGAGAUAGUUUGGGUGAAGUGUUGGAUCUCCUGGUUAAGCUGGUGAAAGCUGCACUCUACGACCCUGGCCUGCCUCCGUACUGUCAGUCACUGAAGAUCCUUGGUGAAAAACUUUCUGAUAUAAGCCUGAACCGUGAUACUGUGUCAGAGAUCCUUCGUUGCUUUCUCAUCGCUUAUGGGGCAGAUGAGGACCUGUGUGACAGUUUGCGCACUAAACCCUUCCAGGCAUUGCCCCCAGACAGGAAGGCUUCUGUCCUUGCUUUCUUGGUUAAUGAACUUAACAGCAGUGCCCUUAUCAUCAAUGAAAUCGACAAGACUCUGGAGAACAUGUCCACCCAUAGGAGAAACAAAUGGAUGAUUGAGGGCAAGCUACGCAGGUUGAAGAUUGCCCUAGCGAAAAAGACAGGACGGCCUGAGUCAGAAAUCAGUGGCUUGGAGGAAGGCCGGUGGCGGCGAAGCUCACGACUCACAGAGGAGAACGAGGACAUGGAAGCGGAAGAAGAGGAGAGGAGCAGAGUGUACAAGACCCGGAAAGAUUAUGAGAACGACAUUCCAGUUUCCAGUGUGCCUGAGCUGGAAAGACAAAUUGAAAAGCUUUCUAAGCGCCAGAUGUUCUUCCGCAAAAAGCUGCUGCACGCCUCACAAUUGUUGCGGGCUUCAUCACUUGGGCAGGAUCGAUACCGACGGCGGUACUGGGUUCUGCCCCAUCUGAGUGGGAUCUUUGUAGAAGGCUGUGAAGUCUCAACAGUAGCUCCGGCCAAGAACAUACUGGAGAAGGAGGAAGAGGCUUCAAAGGAGGAGGACCACGAGUCAUCAGCAGUCAAGAAGGAGACAACGGAGACACCAGUCACGGAUCACAUAAACUGCACAACUUCAUGGUCAUGGAGCCGGCCAUGGAGGGACAAUGUGGGGUCACUGCAGUCAGAGGCACUCCAUCCCAAGUUGGAUGAGUCCACACCUGGGCCUAUCAAUGGAUAUUUGGAGGACUCCAUGUCACUGGGCCAGUCACAGCAUGACCUCAGUCAGUCAGCCUUCCUGUCCUGGCUCAGCCAGACACAGCAGGCAUCCUCACUUUUCAACAGCUCUGUGCUCACCCCCGACAGCAGCCCUGGUAAAGGCGACCCAGUCACUUCAGAGGAACUGCCAGACUCUGCUGCAGAGGAUGAAAGUGCCACAGAAACCCAGAUUGCCUGGUUCAAUUUUCUGCCCAGGGCACCCUGCAGUGACUCUCCACUUACUACCUCCAUUGACCACCCCUCUCCAAAAGCUGCUCCUCAGCUGUGUAAGCCUCCUACCAGGGACCAGCCAAAGGCCUCAGCCCGGCAGCUGAAUGGCUUCUCCUCAGCCAGCUCAACAUUGCCACUACUGGCCUCCUCGCCUCUUCAUUCUGGCUCUAGGAGUCACAGUACUUACUCUAGAGCCAGGGACAUCCCCAGUAAGGCCCAGGAACCUCUGGGGCAGCCCAGACGACGGGGGCGUCCCCCCACUAAACUCUUCAAGCAAAUUGAGCAGAAAUACUUGACACAGCUGACAGCACAGCCUAUACCCACAGAGAUGCAGAGUGGCUGGUGGUGGCUGCAGGAUCCGGAGGAGCUGGAGGCUGUAAUUCAAGCACUGCAUCUGCGAGGGAUCCGUGAAAAAGCCCUGCAUAAGCACCUCACCAAGCACAAAGAAUACCUACGGGAGGUGUGUGCCCGAGCUGCCAACGAUCCCAUCUUCCAGACUCACCCUGAGGGUGCUGGCCACCCUAUCUCUCAGGAAGCCUUAGCCCAGUGGUCAAUGGCUGAGCGAGCCUUUGAGAUGGACCUUUCUGUGCUUCAGUGGGUGGAGGAACUGGAGCAGCGGGUACUGAUGGCUGACCUACAGAUCCGUGGCUGGACAAGCCCAGAUCCUGACUCUCUUCGAAAUGACUUGCGGUACUGUGAGCACAAGCUAGAGUCUUUGGAAGAUAUAAUCGUAAAAAAUCGGCGUGAGGGACCAGCCCUGCAGCGUGAAUCCACCCACCCCCUAGACUUAGCAGUUCUUCGGCUGGCAGACAUGGAGCGGAACCUGGAGCGGAGAUAUCUCAAAGAGCCCCUCUGGCCCCCACAUGAGGUGGUGGUAGAAAAAGCUUUGCUGAGUAACCCCAGUACCUUGGAGCUGGGAACCACAGAGAUUGCAUAUGAAAUCACGCCCCGGAUGCGGACGUGGCGCCAGACACUGGAGCGAUGCCAUAGUGCGGCCCAAGUGUCCCUCUGCAUUUAUCAGCUAGAACGUUCUGUUGCUUGGGAGAAAUCAGUUGUCAAAGCGACUUGCCUGGUGUGCCGGAAAGGGGAUGAUGAUGAGAACCUGUUGUUAUGUGACAGCUGUGAUCGUGGCUGCCACCUCUACUGCCACCGACCCAAGAUGACUGAGGUGCCAGCUGGUGACUGGUUCUGCUCCCUCUGCAUUGCUCAGAUGCAAGGAGAAUACCAGGAUGACUAUGGCUGUCUCCGGCGGGGCAAGAAACGGAAACCUUAUAGCUCUGGUGCAUUUUUGGGGAAUGAAGAGCUCAACCCUCGCCCCCGAGCAGCAACAUCCCAGCAACGGAGUAACCUGGCCAGUGUGCCACCCCGAUAUUCAGGCGAAGCCCUCUCUCCCUCCAAAAGAAGAAGAGUGUCUACAAGAGGCCAGUGUGCUGACCUCACCUUCUGCGAGAUCAUCCUAAUGGAGAUGGAGUCACAUGAGCAUUCCUGGCCCUUCUUGGAACCUGUCAACCCCCGGUUGGUGCCUGGGUACCGCAAAAUUAUCAAGAAUCCUAUGGACUUUGCCACCAUGAGGGCACGGUUGCUACGGGGCGGGUACACAAGCUGCGAGGAGUUUGCUGCUGAUGCUGCCCUGGUGUUUGACAACUGCCGGACCUUUAAUGAGGAUGAGUCGGAGGUGGGCAAGGCAGGGCUGGCCAUGCGCCAGUUUUUUGAGAGCCGGUGGGAGGAGUUUUAUCAGGGAAAACAUGAGACAAACCCAUGAAGUGAGCAGAAUGGAGAGAGGUGAGAGGAGUCCAUGGGGAAGCCCUUCCCUUUUUACCCUGCGCUGCACACUGUCUCUUCUGGAGUUCAUCCUGCUAUCUGCUGAUUCCUUGUUUUCCCGCUCACAAUGUCUGGACUUGGAUUGGCAUUUAACAGUGGGGCAGCUUUCUCCACUGCCUGGAUCCUCGGAAGCCCUCUCUUCUCCCCCCCACCCCCCCACUCUUCGCUCCAAGCAACACGAACUCUCUGUGUAAGCCAAAAAAAAAAAGAGAGAAAAAAAUCAUUUUUUUCAAAUGGAAAAACCACCACCCACAACCCCACCUAAACUGGGGCUAUUUAAUAAUAGCAAUAGUUCUUAGUGAAUGUGUAAGAACACUUUUUUCUGUGCAGUGUCAGUACCAUGCAUUAAUGGCCAGUAACAUGGACGUUAAGUUUUCCUCCUUUUUAGAGUCGCGUUGAAACGUGUAAAAGCAGAUCACUCCUGCCUCUGGGAAUGACAACCUUGAUGACACUGAAACAUGCUGCUUCUCUUCCCCCACCCACCUUAGACCCCAACUCUGUCUCUCCCAGUUCUUGCUUUCUUUCUUACCAACAACUACCAUAGUUGUGACUAAUUCCUUUCUCUGGACCUCUUUCUGAAGCCAAGGGUCUGGUUUGGAGCUGCAGCAUAUUGAGGGAGAGGGGAAGAGUGGGGCCAGGGAGCUGUGCUUUGCUGGGUGCAAGGUGAGCGUUCUCUUGAGGGUUUUGUUGUAUUGUGAGGCAUCCCUUCAAGCCACAUGUUCAUUGUUUAUCCGGGACCUAGGACUUCCUCUGAGCAGUGAUCUCCUAGCUUCAGCUCUUCUCCUGUAUGUGGGGUCUUUACGUUCCUUGCCUCAGUUAAUCCGGAUCAGUAUCCCUAUUUGCGUGUGCAUGCUCAGACUUGGCUUAUUCCAGAUUUUGUUUCUAAGGGAGUUGAACAAAAUGGGAAUAAUCCAGAGCAAAUGUCCAGCAAAGCAAGGAUAUCGACCAGAUCAUAUUUUUGGUAGGCAAACCAAGCAGAGUUAAUCUGGAAGAGCCUUCCCACUACCCCCCACUCACCCACUUUGCAUGGCAUACUUCCAACAGGGGAAGCUCAUGUAUUGAUUGCUGUGCCCAGAGCAAGCUUCAUGCUGCAAGUUCAUCUUCCCUCUCUCUGUGGGUAGCAUGCUGUACUUUGUCACUAGGCUACAAAAGACCGCUCCUGAACUUGCAAGAGUGGGGGUGAGUGGCUCAUGCAUUUGGGAGGGAAGGACUGUAUUUUGGGAUUGCCCUGUCAGCUCCUCAGGAAUUGUGGAAAUUGUGUCAUGGGAUCCUGGCCUUAUUGAAUGCUUCUCCCCCCCACCCCGCCCCACCCUGGUGUUGUUCCUCAGGGAUGGCUACUGUCUACGAAGAUUGAUCUGAAGUUUUGUGUGUGUGGGUGUGGUGGGAAAUUCUUGUUUUCUGCCUGGAACAUGACUCCCAGUCUAAUGUACAUGUUUCCUCCCUGAGAAGGAUGUCAGAUUUAACCCCCCUAUGAAGGAAAAAUGCAGUCCUUCCAUUCUCAAAUGACUCACCCAGUAUCCAGUUUGAUAAAAGACAUGAUAUUAAGGGAAAGUGUAACUGCUUCUCCUCCUCUUGCCUGGUCAUGAGUUAACCCUGUGUGGUCUGAAGUACUGCCAACUUCAGUUAUCGUGACAGGGAUUUCAGUCUAAGUGCAACUUUGGAUACUGAACACAAGAGAAGACAGAAGUGCUUUCUGUAUAGCAGUGUAGUUUGUGCAGACAAGAUGUGCGAGUUCCCACUUAGUGAGUUUAUACAGGAAGAAUAAAAAGAUGAAGUUGGAGUUCUUCAUGCUGAUCCUGUUACCAUUGAGUGAUGUCCACCGUUGCCCUUGGUCCGAAGAUCUGGAGCUUCUAUUAGGUCUUUCCUUUACUUUUGUCUACAUUUUCUAUGUAUUUACUAAUGGCCUGUUCACACACACACACACCCAUAUGCCCCGCAUACUUCAGCCCUUCUUCCAGUCUCUCAUCAAACCUCCCUAAGUUUUCAGGGGGACAGCAUAAUCUUUUAUCAAUACUGACUUUCAUCUGAGCUAGAUAUCUGCCAUGCUUGUGGCAGAGCCACAGAAAGCAGUGUUUGUUGCUGCCUGAGAGCCUUACACCCAGUCACUCUUCAGAUGGGGUGUUUGAUUCCAGCAAGUAUGAGGAAUGAUUGAACAGUGCGAGCUAUAUCCUGGAAACUUGCACAAGCUCCACACGGCUGAAUGAGAGCCGUGUGUGACAUCAGUCACAGCCAACCUGACUUUAUGCAGGAGAUUUUCUGAGGGAUUGUGGCCACAUUAACCAAGAAACAUUCAAUGAGAAAGUGAGCUCGACAGGAUGUUCUUCCAACUCAUUUGUGCUUGGAUGCCAGGCACCUGGCCAGGCAAGAAUCCCUGUGACUGAAUCCAGAUCACCUCCUGUUGUGUUAUAUCUUCCUGCCCUGUUGUCAAAACGUGGGAGAUCAAAGCAAAACCUUUUUUCUAAAAAAGAAAAAAAUCUGGUUGUCUUGAUAGCAGCUCAUUUACCCCCUCCAAAAAUUGUCAGUAAAGUAGCUAUUAACAAACUUAAGAGGAACUUGCUAUUUUAUAGCUCCUAAUUCAGCAUCUCUCCAAAAGUCACCUCCUUGUGGAACAUGGGAGUCAUCUGUGGUGUUCUGUAUUCUGAGUAAUAACAUGAUCUCAGCAUGCCUCUCACUCUGUUGCUGAGCAGUGGUUUCUAGGGAGACUGCUGUCUGGGGAAGCAGAUUCCCCUGACCUGUACAGCACACCGACAUUGUGAGCUUAGAGAUGCCUUGGGUCAUAUUCCAUCCAGCUGUCUGCUGUCUUAAAAUGGGGUGCUGCGGUUGGUUCUUCUUUCCCAGCAUCUGCUUCAGGAUGCUGGUCCAGUACUCCCCAUUCUGGGAGAACCCCUUGGUUCUUUCACUUCCCCUAACUUUUGAGUGGAUCAGAGGAGUGGAAAGCCACACCCUGAAACCUUAACUCCCUUGCUGCUUUUCAUAUCCAGCCUAGCUCCUCAAACCAUUGUAAUUACGGGUAUCACUUAGGGGCAGAUAAACGGCUGGCAGGGUUUCAUCAGGAGAUGGCUUUCCUCCCCCAGAUCCAGCUGUGCUACACCUGGGUGAAAUUUGUGUGUGUGCGCGUUUGUCUGUGUCCCAACCCGCGUCGACCAAUCCAAUUGCAAGAGCACUGAUGUAAGUAAAAUGUAACCACAGGUGAUGUAGCCUGGAGACUGAAACUCCCUUUCUGUGCUUCCUCCACCCCAGUCUCACUUCUCCCUCCCCCCAUUGUUUUCAACAAAACGUAGCCUUUUUUUCUAUCGGAUAACCUCAAACUUUAUUUUAUUUUAAAUUUUGGGAUUUUUUUUUUUUUGCUUUUAAAUAAAGAGGUAGAUUUGAAGUCUAUUUGAAACUGACUUUAUAUUAUGCAUAAAUAUUUAUAUUUUAUCUAAACUUGUGCUGUAACAAACUUCUUUUGGGUGUUUGUUUUUUUAAGUGAUUUCUUUCUGCUGUGUUUGGGAUUUUUCCCUCCUCUUCAGUCAUGGGAAAGCUGUAGUUUUGCAAGUAUUGUUUGUUGGGUUUGGGGACAUUUUUGGAGGGGAGGGGUUGCUAUAAAAAUUUUUGCAUUUUUAGAUGCAAGCCCUUGUACCAUAAAACAGUGAAUCCAGGUUUGCCCUAAUCUUUGUCUUCAUUAGGAAAUACUCUUAUGAUCUUAUCAGUUUAUAAACUUGUUGGGUUUUUUUUUUUAAAGUUACAUGGAUUUUUUUGAAAUGGAGUUUAAAAAAUUACAACUAGAUUUGACCUUAUUCAGCUGCUGGCUUUUCCCUCCCCUCUUGGUUUAUCAGAAAGGAACCAACCAGCCCACUCACCAUCCUUUAAGAUGCUCCAAACAACAGGAAGGGGGGAUGGGGUGGGGGAAUCAGACUUUUUAUAUGAAUAACCAAAUGUGUUUGUUUUAGUGAAUUUUUGAUAAUGUACAGUUUUUUGUGAAUUUAAAUUGAUUUCUUUCUAUAUUUUUAGGACCAACCUCAUUUUUAAUAAGGUUUAAAAGGAAGGGGGGGAAAGUCUAGAAUUCCUGUUUUGUUUCCUUGUGAUGUUUCCACAAGUACAGAUGUUCGAGUGCUUGUCAAGUUUCAAAGAAUAAACAAAAAAAACUACCCAUGUUUGAUAGAGAA